AUGAAGGAUUAUGUAUCAGUGCGCAACUUUUUUAACCGUCUUGGGGAAUGUCUCCUUUCGUGUUCCCUGCUUAUUCUGUUUUGGCGCCGCAACAAGGUGUCAGAUGUCUCGGAGACCCGUUUGAUCGAGGUUGGCGUGGUGGAUCAGUCUAAGAAGAAACACAACAAGAUCAAAACAUCAAAAUACACUUUUCUCAUGUUCGUCCCCAAAAACCUUACGGAGCAGUUUCGUCGAGUCGUUAACUUCUAUUUCCUGUUUGUCACUGUGAUUGCUAUUGUAAUUGAUAGUCCCGUAUCGCCCUUCACAAGUAUAGCUCCUCUAAGUUUUAUGGUGUUAGUGACCGCUGUGAAACAGGGUUACGAAGAUUGGCUGAGACACAAAGCGGAUGAUAAGGUGAAUAAUCAAAUAGUGGAAAUUGUACACAGAGGAGUUAUAAAAGAAGUAAGGAACUCCUCAAUAGCGCCCGGGACUCUUGUUAGAGUGAAACGGGGUCGCGAAGUACCAGCUGAUAUCGUUCUGUUGUGUUCUGCUGGUGAGAAGGGAAAAUGUUACGUCACCACUGCCAACUUGGAUGGGGAAACCAACUUGAAGACCUUACGAGUGCCUCCGCCACUAGUAGGAUAUACACCAGAUAUAAUACCUUCCGGUAUUCGGAUCGAAGUACCGCACCCAGUGGCUGACCUGUACACUUUCUAUGGACGUCUGGAGAUACCUGGAUUGGAUAGUUUACCCCUGAACACAGAUAAUAUCAUGCUGAGAGGUUCCCGCGUCAAGAAUACAGAAUGGGCAAUAGGCUGUGCUGUAUAUACUGGUGAAGAAACAAAGCUGGCUUUGAAUUCAAAGUACUCUGGGAACAAAUUUUCUUCAAGUGAAUCAGCUGUCAAUGGCUUUCUUGUGCUACUCAUAUAUGUCCUCCUCUUCGAGAUGGUUGGGUCAUUCGUUGCCAAAAUAUUGAUCGAGAUGUGGCAUCCCGAACGACUCCGAUACUUUGGUUUCGACGACAUAUUCCCUCUAACAGCCAGCAGCGUGUUUCAAGAUCUCUUAUCGUUUCUUUUAUUGUACUAUUAUAUUAUACCGAUAUCACUGUACGUCACAAUUGAGUUAUACAAAUUUAUCGGAGCUCUCUUCAUUGGUUGGGAUGAAGAUCUUCGCUGCGAUGAAACAGGAAGACCAGCUAUCGCAAAUACUUCAGAUCUGAACGAGGAGUUAGGUCAAGUGGAAGUGCUGUUUUCAGACAAAACUGGGACGCUUACAAAGAAUUUGAUGGCGUUUAAAGCUUGCUCUAUCAAAGGUCUAAUAUACGAAGAGAGAGAAGGAAGACUAUAUGAUACAGGGAGAUUUGAGGAACCAGUGGAUACCCUUCAGACAGAUAUUAAAUUUUUCUUCACGAUAAUUGCUUUGUGCCAUUCGGUUCAAGUUUCGAAUGAGGAUAUAAAAAAGUUGAGCGCUAAGCUAUCGGGAACUGGGAACCUUCAGCUGAUGAACUUCUUUCGGCGAAAGAAGAUAACAAAGACGAACGGUAGCAGUAAUGUUAUAGAUAGUGUGACGUGGAAUGCCAUAUUGAACGAGAACGGAAGUAAGAUGGAUUACCAGGGGAGCAGCCCUGAUGAGAAGGCGUUAGUCGAAGCUGCUGAUAGAUUCCAAGUGACGUUCUUGGGUGACGAAGGGAACAACUUAGUGGUGAAGAUCGGUAAUGACACGGAAAUGUAUGAGAGGCUCCAAAUAAUUGAAUUCACAUCAGAAAGGAAACGUAUGUCAAUAAUUGUCAGAGAUAAAAAUGGACAGAUAUGGCUAUUUUGCAAAGGCGCUGAGAGUGCAGUAUUUCCAAUAUGCAAAGACUCCGUGCUGAUACAGGAAACUGAAAGAGACGUUAACACAUUUGCGAAUAAGGGAUUAAGAACGUUAGUUAUUGCGUAUCGACAGAUUCCCAUUGAAGAGUACGAGAAAGUGGCUGAAUCUAUAAAGCUGCUAGACGGCAAAAGCGCAACUGCUGUGGAGGACUGUUUGCAAGAUGACGUGGCGGAUACCUUGGCUUCACUCCGCAGGGCUGGCAUUAAGACCUGGGUGCUAACUGGUGACAAGGUGGAGACAGCGAUCAACGUCUCGCAAUCCUGCGGGCAUAUUUCUGAGAACGACCGUCGCAUGUUUCUGGUCAGCGUGGAAGACGAGCUGGUUCUGCAGCAGAGCUUGGAGAUGUGCCGCCAAGCUAUUGACCAGCCGGACUACCAUGACUUGACGCUUGUCGUAGAUGGGGUGAGCAUGGCGAGGAUACUGGACACGCCUCACGCGAGGGAUUUCGUUGAUAUAUCGUUGAAGUGCAGCGCAGUUUUGUGUUGCCGUCUUUCGCCGAUACAAAAAGCUAAGAUCGUAAAAUUGAUAAAAAAUUCACCAGAGCGACCAAUCACAGCAGCUAUUGGAGAUGGUGCUAACGACAUAUCUAUGAUACAGGAGGCUCAUGUUGGCUUCGGGAUCUUUGGGAAGGAAGGUCAUCAGGCUGCUAGGUCCGCCGAUUUCGCGUUCACCAAAUUCUCAAUGGUGAAGAAGAUGUUACUUGUGCUUGGUCAUUGGUACUACCAGCGACUGGCGACGCUUGUGCUGUACUUCUUCUAUAAAAACUUAGUUUUAGGAAACAUAAUGUUAUUUUUCCAAGUAAACUCUGCGUUCUCGACGCAGUCUGUGUUUGAUAGUAUGUACCUUACCUUCUACAAUUUGCUGUUCACCUCAGUGCCUUGUCUCGUUCUCUCAGUCACUGAGCAGCGCUGGCCUGCAGAUGUGCUUCUUAGAAAUCCAACGCUGUAUCGAGAUAUAAGAAAGAAUAGGUUACUGUCAUGGCGCUAUUUUGGGCUCUGGAUAUCCGCGGCGGUGUACCACUCGAUAUUAAUCUACGGCUUCAGCUCCACCAUCUUUACAUCCGGUGUUAUCUCACCUGAUGGGAAAAUUGUAGAUUUGUGGUCUUUCGGUGCUACGCUAUUUCACCUGAUGAUGGUCAUAGUGACGAUGAAACUUUGCCUUCAUGCGCGCUACCACACCCUCGUCUUCGCGCUCACAGCGAUUCUAUCCCUUGCGGCGUAUAUCAUCUUCAACACCAUCUACUCUCUUAUUUACUUACAAGUAGACGGCGACGUGUUAGGAACAUACACGCGUCUACUAGCGUCUCUGCCAUUCUGGCUGCUCAAUCUGCUCCUGGUUGCAGCAGCUCUAGGACCGGAUUACGCUAUGCGAAUGCUCGUUGAAAUGAGCAGCCGGGGUGAACCAGUGGGUCCCACUCCAAGGUUUAAAAUAGUAUUCAGACACAAUAAAAUGAUGAGGCCCCCACCAGCCUUGCCAUCACAGCUGAUCCUUCCACCUUUGACUACUUUGAAGCGAGCUGAAAAGAAAUAUACUCGCCAUAACUAA